UUUGAAAUCCGGAAGUAAGUGUUGCUACCUAUCCGGUGCAGUUCGGUGUUUACAUGAGGUUUUUGCGUGCUAACCGGACAGCUUGCUUCUCGAUAAUAACUCCGAAACGUUAACGUCAACUGCAGUCAGACAUCCAGCCGGUUACCGGAGGAGUUUAUCUUCCUAAACAAGCGGAAGUGUGGAUUUAAAAAAGCAACACAGACAAGAUGGCUCCGCCUGUUGAUGAGAAUGCUAAUGCUAAUGCUAACCUGGACCAGAAGGUUCUGCAGUACGAAAACUUCAUCAACGAAGUUCUGAAGAGAGAUUUACAGAAGGUGAUGGAGCAGAGAGACUCAGUUUAUGAGAAGAUCUCUCAGUAUCUUCAGCUGAAGAACACCAUACAGAGUCUGCAGGAGUCGGGCCUCCAGCAGCUGAAGACAGACGUAGAUCUCGGCUGUAACUUCUUCGUCCAGGCUGAAGUGUGAGCAGCUGA